CGGCCAGCGGCCAUGACUUCGAAAGCCUGAUAUGGAUACUAUGUUUCCUUCUUGGGUGGGUCCAGCGCUGCUUCCGAGUCCCCAUCAACUUCUCCGGACCAUAGUCGCAACUCCUCAGGUCGCGCACUCUUCGUUCUCCAUGUUGUGCGCGGAAUUCGCACCAUUUCUUGGUGACCUCGGCAGAUCAUGUGUUGCGAUGAGGUAUUUUACGGUUAUUUCUGAGUCCCGAAACUAUAUGUCCACGCCUUUGUCGGAUUGCGGGCGCACGCUAUCCCAAUUGUAUUACUGGGUCGAACUUUACGUUUCGAAUGCAACAGCCACGUGAUAAUCCGGAUCACAUGCUCGUGUCUCGUGAUCUGACUCGUUACGUGUGACGUGUGACACUCUCCACUCACUCUGCGACAUAUCCUUGACGAUGGAUCCCGACCGCAAAUCCACCGUGUCCUCCUUUUAUGGCGCUCGCAAAAGCUCUUACGAUGCACUGAACUACGACCAAACCUCCCCCUCGCCUGCCGCCGAGAUGGGUGGCCGCCCCCGAGACGACGCCUCGUCAUUCUUCAAUCCGCGAGGCAGCAUGGACAUGCUGGUGGGAAGGCCGAACAACGCCGGCUACAACCGAGCCUCUUAUUUUCAUGCUGGGAGGGAGGAACCGCUGAAGGGUGGACGGGACGAGGAAGAGGACGCCGCCGAAGGCGCCUGGGAUGUGUAUGCGGACUUUAACAAUUCCGGUCCCAAAUACAGUUCCGCAUUCGGGAGCCAGGAUCCGGCAGGAUAUCAAUCGCUAGAUGCACCAACACCAAAGACCGAUGCAGGUUCUACUGCCGCCGGCGGGCCAGUGGAGAUGGUGACGGUACCGGCUAUGGGAGCCGAAUGGGGAAAAGAUGAAUUGCGGGAUAUGACAAAGGCGGGACGUCGUGCGAAGAAGGCAGAAAAGCGUCAGCAAUUCUGGAGAGAAAUCACUCGAGGCAACCGUGGUGGGCGGUGGAAACGAGUGACCGUAUUUGUGUGCUUUGGAUUCAUUGCAGUCCUUGCAAUCGCACUCGGGAUAUGUAUCCCCCGUGUGCCUUCGUUUUCACUCAGCAACAGCGCACCUCUGGGCAGCGCGACAGGAAAUUGGUCCACGACUGUGCCAACCCUCUUCUCGCGUGCUCCCGCCAACUUCUCUUUCCCUGCUGUUGCCGACUUGCAAGUUGACACGAACGCCAACUACUUACCGCUCCACUUCAACUCAUUGAGCGGAAGCAUCUAUGACCUGGAAACGGGCUUCCUCGUUGCCACAGGAACCAUGAAUGGAUUCUCAAUGAAGGCGAAGAGCUUCGUCCCCCUGCUGCUUCCACUGAACUUUACAUACGUCGCUGUCAACGACACCGACACCACUUGGGUGACUUGGUACAACGCAUGCAAGAGCAAAGGUCAAUAUCCCGGAGGCAGUCGCCCAGGUCUUCGCUUCUCGCUCGUCCUCAAGAUGAGCAUUUCGGGUCUCCUCCGAACACUGACAACAUCGACUCAAGUGACGAAUGCCAACUGUCCUAUUGAGCUGCCUGCGAACAGCGCAUAGACACUCUGCCCAGGAGCUGCAUUGCAACACACACUCUUUACUCAUAUCGCACGGACUUGUCAUUAUAUCUAUCUCAUCACGCAUAAUGCCAGUUUUCUAUUAGGAUCACGGUCGUUCUACAUGUGUGGCUUGCGCUCUUUCGGACUCGUGAUAUAUUUCCUGCCCUUGAGGACCUUUCUGUAUAUUUUAGCACGGGCGCGAAUGUGAUUGUGCGGUACGCAUGUGUCCACCUGUCAAACGCGUCACAAUCAGUUCUCCCUCCCUCUCUUUCUUCGUCCCUCUAAACCUCAUCAGUAUUCGAUAGGCUGUAUCCGAUCUGUAUCAGCAUAUCCACUCGCCCAUUUCUAUCAAGCCAUUCUUUCCAUAUAUAUCUCCCCCACAUGGACCAUACAGCUCCUUCAAGAGGCUUGCGGCGCCGCUCAGGUGGUUCCACAGCUUAUCAUCAAGUUCGAGAUCAAGACGAUGGCCAAGAAGACUUCAAUCUUGCUGCUGAGGAAGACCCGAAUGCCUUGGACGCGUGGAAAGCCACUAUCGUUCUCGUUCGUCGACAGACUGCUUCGCCAAUACUUCCGGUGCUGCCUAGAGUGGGGCUCGGCUCGGGUCUAUCAUCACCACCUCGGCGCUGUAUCUCGCCUCUAGCGUCUAGCUCCAGCCAAUCCAAGUCUUUUAUGUCUACCGAUGAUCUCCCGACUCCGGGCUAUCCGCGCGACGGAGCUGCGUUAGUCACCGCGUUUUCCGACGGUCGUCAAUGUCUGCCGAUUGCUGUGCGCGGUGACAGACCGUAUGGUUCCCCGCCUCAAUAUCGCGAUACAUCUGCAUCUUCGACUCUGGGCGAUUCUUGUUCUGACGCCGGCGCCACUGACUCGGGUAGGGGCAGUGGUGCAUCUCCCCGCGGGCCGAUGUCAGUGGUAUCGCGCGGGCUGGGCGUCUUCAGCCGCUCGUCUUCGCGUGCCGCGGAGGGUUUCAUCUCGAUUCCGGUGACCUGCGAAUCUGACUGGUGCGGACGCACUUCUCCCGGGGGCUCCGACAGCGGUGGGUAUGACAGCGACUGUGCUGGUGACCCGCGGAUGCAGACGCAAGUUAUGGACAAGUUCACGCACAAGUGGCCAGGCCACAGAGUCGGAGCCUCUGGAUUCAGCAAGAGCACGGAUGCAGAUGCGAGUAGCGCUUUGCUCGAAACGGGACAUGGUCCAAGCGCAAGUGCAGUGGAGCGGCACUGGACAUCAUUCAAGCACUGUCUGGUGGUGUCUGUCGUGUCUGUCUUUGUUUAUGGCAGUGCUGCGUUGGUAUGUGCCCUGAUGACUUGGUUCCGAACAUGGGAUUCCGCAGCCGUCAUGUAUGUAGCUGACAAUGACGUGCUGAUCCUCAUAACGCUUGCCGGAUCCAUCCUUGUUUUUACCGCGCUCGUCGGGCUGGCGGGUGUUCUGCUCAACUCUCGGCCGAUCCUGGCAAUGUAUGCUGUGCUGCUGUGGCCGGCAUUCAUGUCCCUAGUUUCGAUCGGGUACGUCGCCUAUAAGCGAGCAACCUUUUCGCUCGAUCGCAAGCUGGAUAUGUCUUGGAGCCAGUAUUACACGCCUCUCGGCCGGCUGCUGAUUCAAGACGCAUUGCACUGCUGCGGCUACUACAGUCCCUUGCAUGAUGCGACACCGAGCAAGCGGUGUUUCGCGCGGACGUCGCUGCCGGGAUGCAAGGGCAAACUCUUCCGCUUCGAGCGCGAAAACUUGGCUACCGUCUGGGCUGUGGUCUUCUCUCUCGUGCCGCUUCAUCUGCUCAAUAUCUUCAUUGCGUUGUUGUGCGCGAAUCAUGUCACUGAGAGAUUUGGGACGGGGAUGAUGCCCGUGAAGUAUCGUUUGUCGGGAGCGGACGUUCAAGCCGAGAUAGAGAGGCUCCAGAUCAAGUACAAGCUAGUCGAGAGAUCUUUCUUCGACGGAUUAUUGCCAAGAAUGCAGUGCACAGUUGGGACUUGGCUCAGCAUAGAGUGAAGAUUCCAACACAUAUCCUUCAACGAAAACAAAUAGGUCCUCGCGUGUCCCGAAUCACCAGUGUAGUCCUGCGCAGCGGAAUCCUUCAGGGCGACAUCCUCAACACCGUUGUUAACUUGAACCGUCCGGAUCUUCUCCGACAUCAGAGGUUGAAUGUCAACUUCGAGGUGCAGCGAAGGCAUCUCGGACAAGGCGGCUGUGCGCUGGGCCUCGAGAUCGCCGAAAGCAGCUGCAUCAUCGGGCUUGAAAGGAAGAACGAUCCAGGCAGCCAGGGAAGAAUAAUGUGGUCCAUCCUGUGAUAGUUGCCGCUGCCGCAGCUGCUCGCGCACUUUCGAGAACACGAGGAAGAAGAUGCCGAACAGAAUGUAGACAAUCACUGAUCCAGAUUAUCUCGCUGAUUUCGAGGACUGAAUUUGAGAUUGGGAAGUUCAUGAGAGAAUGAAGAUGUCAAGAUUGGGCUCGUUCGAGAGGCCGUGUCCGAAGUAUUGAUUACACCCUCUACUUAUACGCAGAAACACCGUCUUUCCAAAAUUACUGCACGGG